AUGUCCCAUCACAUCUCCACUCCCCAGAUGAGGACGCUGGUGUCCAGGAAGUACGUCUUGCCCAAAGGGUGGCCACUUGAGCUACGGGGGACCCCAGCAGGCCGGGGACAGGCAGCACCCCGGCACAAGCUUCCUGUCAGCGCCAGACCCCAGGGGGCUGCCUCCAAACGGGGGACCUGGAGCCCCGCAGGGUCCGCCGAGGCAGCCCCCACAUUCCGCUGCCUGGCCCUGUCUCGCACAGUCGAAGGCAAAGAGGCCUCCCCCUCUCGCCCUCUGACUCAUUUUGCAAACUCCGCUCGCCCUCAGGAGUGGCCUCUGCCACCUUGCCCAAGAUUCCGACACAGAGGUGAAGUGCAGCCCUGGUGUCUGACCCGCCGCAGGAACCCGGCGCCACCGGAGGCCAGGACGCGGGAGGUGGCCCAAUGGAGGAAACGGUGCUGGACCCUCUGCUGGCAACUGCUGAACUCGCUGUCCGUGAACCCUGACGCCAAGUGCAAGUAUGGCCUGUACUUCCGGGAUGGCAAACGUAAGGUGGACUACGUCUUGGUGUACCAUCACAAGCGGGGCUCGGGCAGCAGGACGCUGGCCAGGAGGGUCCUGCAGAACGACGCCGCGCUGGGCGCCCGCAGCGCCCGGCAGGACCAGCCCCUGCCCGGGAAGGGCAGCCCUGGGGGUGCGGGCCAGCAGGAGCCCCCCAUGGACUUCCACGAGGAUGACAAGCGGUUCCGCAGGGAGGAGUACGAGGGGAACCUCCUGGAGGCGGGUCUGGAGCUGGAGCGCGAUGAGGAGACUAAAAUCCACGGCGUCGGGUUUGUGAAGAUCCACGCGCCCUGGAACGUGCUGUGCAGAGAAGCGGAGUUUCUGAAACUGAAGAUGCCGACCAAGAAGAUGUAUCACAUCAACGAGACGCGGGGCCUCCUGAAAAAGAUCAACUCGGUGCUCCAGAAGAUCACGGACCCCAUCCAGCCCCGGGUGGCGGAGCAUAGAGCCCAGACCAUGAAGAGACUCUCCUACCCCUUCUCCAGGGAGAAGCAGCACCUAUUUGACCUGUCUGACAAGGAUUCCUUUUUCGAUAGCAAAACCCGCAGCACAAUAGUCUAUGAAAUUCUGAAAAGAACAACGUGUACCAAAGCCAAGUACAGCAUGGGCAUCACCAGCCUGCUGGCCAAUGGCGUCUACUCAGCUGCCUACCCUCUGCACGAUGGAGAGUAUGAAGGUGAGGACGUGGAGUUCAAUGACAGAAAACUCCUGUACGAAGAGUGGGCCAGCUACGGCGUCUUCUAUAAGUACCAGCCCAUCGACCUGGUCAGGAAGUACUUUGGGGAGAAGAUCGGCCUGUACUUCGCCUGGCUGGGCGUGUACACCCAGAUGCUCAUCCCCGCCUCCAUUGUGGGGGUCAUCGUUUUCCUCUAUGGAUGCGCCACCGUCAAUGAAAACAUCCCCAGCAUGGAGAUGUGUGACCAGAGCCACAACAUCACCAUGUGCCCGCUGUGCGACAAGACCUGCAGCUACUGGAAGAUGAGCUCGGCCUGCGCCACGGCCCGGGCCAGCCACCUCUUCGACAACCCGGCCACCGUCUUCUUCUCCGUCUUCAUGGCUCUCUGGGCCGCCACCUUCAUGGAGCACUGGAAGCGGAAACAGAUGCGUCUCAACUACCGCUGGGACCUCACGGGCUUCGAGGAGGAGGAGGAGGCCGUCAAGGACCACCCCAGGGCUGAGUAUGAAGCGAGAGUUUUGGAGAAGUCACUUAGGAAAGAAUCCAAGAACAAAGAGAAGCACCGGAAUAUUCCAGAAGAGUCAACAAACAAAUGGAAGCAGAGGGUUAAGACAGCCAUGGCGGGGGUGAAAUUGACUGACAAGGUGAAGCUGACCUGGAGAGACCGGUUCCCCGCCUACUUCACCAACUUGAUGUCCAUCGUCUUCAUGAUCGCGGUCACCUUCGCCAUCGUCCUUGGCGUCAUCAUCUACAGAAUCUCCACCGCCGCCGCCUUAGCCAUGAACUCCUCCCCCUCCGUGCGGUCCAACAUUCGGGUCACAGUCACGGCCACUGCCGUCAUCAUCAACCUGGUGGUCAUCAUCCUGCUGGACGAGGUCUACGGCUGCGUAGCCCGGUGGCUCACCAAGAUUGGUGAGCGCCCCCGCGUGGAGCGGUCAUUCCAGAGAAAAAUUACCUCAAAAUAUAUAUCUCUAAAAUAUAGCAACUUUUACGUGGCUUUCUUCAAAGGCCGGUUCGUGGGGCGCCCCGGCGACUACGUGUACAUCUUCCGGUCCUUCCGCAUGGAGCAGUGUGCCCCGGGCGGCUGCCUGAUGGAGCUGUGCAUCCAGCUGAGCAUCAUCAUGCUGGGCAAGCAGCUCAUCCAGAACAACCUGUUCGAGAUCGGCAUCCCGAAGAUGAAGAAGUUCAUCCGCUACCUGCGGCUGAAGCGCCAGAGCCCCGCCGACCACGACGAGCACAUGAAGAGGAAGCAGCGAUACGAGGCGGACUUCACGCUGGAGCCGUUCGGGGGCCUCACCCCAGAGUACAUGGAGAUGAUCAUCCAGUUUGGCUUCGUCACCCUGUUCGUGGCAUCCUUCCCCCUCGCCCCGCUGUUCGCGCUGCUGAAUAACAUCAUCGAGAUCCGCCUGGAUGCCAAAAAGUUCGUCACCGAGCUGCGCAGGCCAGUGGCCGUCAGGGCCAAAGACAUCGGAAUCUGGUACAACAUUCUCAGAGGCAUCGGGAAACUUGCCGUCAUCAUCAACGCCUUCGUGAUCUCCUUCACGUCCGACUUCAUCCCCCGCCUGGUGUACCUGUACAUGUACAGCAAGAACGGGACCAUGCACGGCUUCGUCAACCAUACCCUCUCCUCCUUCAACGUCAGCGACUUCCAGGACGGCACGGCCCCCAACGACCCCCUGGACCUGGGCUACGAGGUGCACGUCUGCAGGUACAAAGACUACCGGGAGCCCCCAUGGUCAGAACACAAGUACGACAUCUCCAAGGACUUCUGGGCCGUCCUGGCCGCACGGCUGGCCUUCGUCAUCGUCUUCCAGAACCUGGUCAUGUUCAUGAGCGACUUCGUGGACUGGGUCAUCCCGGACAUCCCCAAGGACAUCAGCCAGCAGAUCCACAAGGAGAAGGUGCUGAUGGUCGAGCUGUUCAUGCGGGAGGAGCAGGGCAAGCAGCAGCUGCUGGACACGUGGAUGGAGCGGGCCCCGAAGAAGGGCGAGCCCUGCAGCAACCACAGCCCCCAGGCCGCCGGCCCGGAGGGCCCCGAAAACCACGGGGGCGCCCUGUAGCGGCCCCGGCGCCCGACCCACGGGCACCUCUCCCGGGCAGGCAGCCCACCCCCACCAGGUCGGGUGGCUCCUAUGUUUGCAGCAAACCUUGAAGACCACCUUCUGAUAGGACAACAUUUUUUUAAAUCUUUUUUCUGGGUUUCUGUUUUUUUCCCUUGUUUUUGCACAAACCCAUGACGCAGGGAAUUUUUUAUCUUUUCUCUUGGAGUUAAUCAGAAUGGUUGCUGGGAUAGGGUGGUGCAGGCAGCAGAGGCGGCCUUUGCAGGGCAGUCCUGGCGUCUCCCCACCCCCACCCCCCCAUGGCGGCCGUGAACAGAGGUGCUGGGGAGCACCUUCUGUAAUCCCCCUGGCACCCUGAUAGGUGGGAACAGCACCCGAGGCCCUGGGCACAUCUGGUGCCGCCUGGAGGGGGAACAGAGAGGAAUGAACCAUUUGAGACCAGUUCCCUGAGACCUCACCUGCCUCUAGGUCAGGAAAGCGAGCCGAUUUCCAUCACCUUUUCUGUAGGCUCAGAAGCGGGCACUCUGGUCAGGAGAGGUGGCCUGGCCAUGUCGGCCAGAGGGCGUGGGAGC